AUGGCGUCGGUGUCUGAGGGAAUGUCCUGCUAUACGAUAAUAAAUCCCCCUGAAAUUGAGCUGUACAAUGAGAUGCAGAUCAAGCAAGAUCUUGAAAAGGGCGAAGUGAACGUGAAGAUCGAAACGAUGAAAAAAGUCAUUCAGCUAAUGCUGCAAGGAGAGCGGCUGCCGAAUUUGCUGAUGACAAUUAUUCGCUUCGUGUUGCCGCUGCAAAAUCACACCCUUAAGAAACUACUGCUGAUUUACUGGGAAAUUGUUCCCAAAACAUCGGCUGAUGGGAAGCUGCUGCAAGAAAUGAUACUGGUGUGCGAUGCCUACCGAAAGGAUCUGCAGCACCCGAACGAGUUUUUGCGGGGUGCUACACUGCGCUUUCUGUGCAAGCUAAAAGAACCAGAGCUGCUCGAGCCCCUAAUGCCAACUAUCCGCAGCAGCCUCGAGCAUCGCCACUCGUACGUCCGGCGUAAUGCUGUGUUGGCGAUUUUUACCAUCUACAAAAACUUUGACUGGCUCGUGCCCGAUGGACCUGAGUUGAUUGCAAACUUUCUUGAUACCCAGCAAGACAUGUCGUGCAAGCGCAACGCCUUCCUAAUGUUGCUUCACGCGGACCAAGAGCGAGCCUUGAAUUACCUGGCCUCUUGUCUGGAUCAGGUGAGCAACUUUGGUGACAUUUUGCAGCUGGUCAUUGUGGAGCUGAUCUACAAAGUGUGCCACGCGAACCCUGCCGAGCGGUCGCGUUUCAUACGCUGCAUUUAUAAUCUGCUGAAUUCGUCGUCGAAUGCGGUGCGGUACGAGGCGGCCGGCACGCUAGUAACCCUUUCGACUGCACCGACCGCCAUCAAGGCGGCCGUCAGCUGCUACAUCGAUUUGAUCGUCAAAGAAAGCGAUAACAACGUGAAGCUGAUCGUGCUCGAUCGUUUGAUCGCACUGAAGGAAAACGAAAAUAUGGAGCGUAUCAUGCAGGAGCUCGUUAUGGACGUGCUGCGUGUGUUGAGUGCCACCGAUAUUGAGGUUCGUCGGAAAACGCUCGCAUUGGCGAUGGAUCUUGUUUCAUCGCGCAAUAUUGAGGAGAUGGUGCUGGUUUUGAAGAAAGAAGUUUCCAAAACGCACAACAUCGAGCACGAAGAUACGGGCAAAUACAGGCAGCUGCUUGUCCGCACGCUGCACAGUUGUUGCAUCAAGUUCCCGGAUGUAGCCGCCGCUGUAAUUCCCGUGCUGGUGGAAUUUUUGUCCGACUCGAACGAGCUUGCCGCCGGGGACGUGUUGGUGUUUGUGCGUGAGGCAAUUCAGAAGUUUUCCCACCUCCAGCCGCUGGUUAUCGAGAAGUUGCUGGAAGCUUUUCCGGCCAUCAAGUCUGCCAAAAUCCAUCGUACGACGCUGUGGAUUCUGGGCGAAUAUGCCAACUCACUGAACGAUAUAAUGGAGGUGAUUGGGGUCGUGAACCGUACGCUCGGCGAAGUACCUAUCGUCGAGGCUGAACAGAGCCGUCUCGCUGGCAAUGAGACUGGUGAGGAAGAUCAAAAGGUAUCGGAGACAGUACCAAACAAUACCAAUAAUAAGGUUACGUCGGAUGGUACAUAUGCCACGCAGAGUGCAUUCAGCGUUGCCCCAGUCGCUAAAAAGGUCGAACGACCACCCCUUCGGCAGUACAUGAUGGAUGGGGAUUUCUUCGUGGCAACCACGCUAGCAUCGACUCUUACGAAGCUGGCUCUGAAAUUCAUCCAGCUAGAACCGAACGAAAAGAAGCAAAACCGUCUAUGUACAUGCGCCAUGUUGAUCAUGAGCUCGAUACUUCACCUAGGGAAAUCCGGUUUGCCUACAAAAGCUAUUACUAACGAUGACACCGAUCGGAUCUACCUUUGUCUCAAGACGCUGACCCUCCGGACACCGGAGAUUGUAGAAAUCUUCACGCAGAGCUGCCGGAACGCGCUGGCGAACAUGCUUAACGCCCAGAGCGACGAAAAGGCACAGGAGAAGAAGGAUAAACAGCAAAAAAAUGCGGCCAAGAUCCAACCGGACGAUCCGAUUGCUUUCACGCAACUCGCAAACGGCAAGAACGAUCAGUUGGGCGAGAACGUGUUCGAGCUUAGCUUGAACCAGGCACUCGCCGGUACCAAGACCUCCACAUUGUCGGAUAUCGCUUCUCCGAACAACAAGCUAAACAAGGUGAACCAGCUGACUGGCUUCUCCGAUCCGGUGUACGCGGAAGCAUACGUGCACGUGAAUCAGUACGACAUCGUGCUGGACGUGCUGAUUGUCAAUCAGACGAGCGACACGCUACAAAACUGUACGCUCGAGCUUGCCACGGUUGGGGAUUUGAAGCUGGUCGAGAAGCCACAUCCGGUGGUGCUGGCACCGCACGAUUUUUGCAAUAUUAAAGCCAACGUAAAGGUAUCGUCCACAGAGAAUGGCAUCAUCUUUGGCAACAUUGUUUACGAUACAACAUUUUCAUCGAAUGUGGUCGUGCUAAAUACGAUUCAAAUCGACAUCAUGGAUUACAUUCUGCCGGCCUCCUGCACCGACACCGAGUUCCGCACGAUGUGGGUGGAGUUCGAGUGGGAAAACAAGGUGUCGGUCAACACGACGCUGACCGAUUUACACGACUAUCUGCGGCUGCUGCUCAAGUCGACAAACAUGAAGUGCCUCACGCCGGAAAAGGCACUUUCGGGUCAGUGCGGUUUUAUGGCGGCCAACAUGUACGCAAGAUCAAUUUUCGGUGAAGAUGCGCUGGCUAACUUGAGCAUUGAGAAGCCCCUGGAUAGGCCAGAUGCACCCGUUACGGGUCAUAUCAGGAUCCGCGCCAAGAGUCAGGGCAUGGCUCUCAGCUUGGGUGACAAGAUAAACCACACGCAAAAGUGUUUGCAAGAAAAAUUGGUUGCCGCUUAAUACUAAUACGCCAGCGCUCGUAGUUUGUAAGAGAUUCUUAUAUUCUGUUCCCGUGCGUUCGCGGCGGAUACUUGGUAGGAUGGACAGUAGCACUAGAACACGACUUGCAACCGCCGUUUAUCUACAUGUCGUUUUGAGAAGCGAAAUAGUGUGAGACAUGGAAAUCGAAAUCGGUGGGUCUUAAUGCAUCAAUUAAAAAAAUAUACACACACACGCGCGCGUACACGUAAAAAAACAACGUGUUGCCGGGGUGGGCUUGAUUGAUUUCUCCGCCCCACACACAAAAGUAUAUUCGUAUGCCACCGCAUGGGGUAAGACAAGGUAUCGAGUCUCCAUUCCUAUAUUUUAUUUUAUUAUUUUUUUUUAAACUGUAACAGUUAUCCAUUUGUGCACUAUUCGUAACGGAUGGAGGAAUCCGGCAUGAAUUCUAUCGCAAAAUAAAUUUAAAAAAUCUGUUUAUUCAUUAAAUCAUAGUA